AGAAAGAGGCGAGACCCGCUCCUCCAGCCAGUGCUCAGAUGAUAACUACCUGGGAGUAGGAGGGAAGUGCGUUCGGACCUGCCUCCCCCCACACGCCGGGCUGAGCCGAGCCGGGCUGAGCUGAGCUGAGCCUCUCCCUCCCGGGGCAGGCAGCACAGAGCCUUGUGCUGGGGGUUCCGACAACGUGUUCCAGAUUGCGGCCUCCCACAGUGUCCAUGUGGUACAGAAGGUGAGGUAAAGCAGAAACUCCUGAAGACCUCUCUCCAGCCUAACGGUUCAAUCGGCCAGCCCACUCCCUCUGCCUGUACUCUGUGUGUCAGCAGCCUCCCUGCUUAUAUCCAGCUUGUAAAUAUUGAGCAUUCUCUCUGCUUGUGCGCUGCGUGAGUGUGUGUGUGCAAGUAUUCUCUCCACCUGUGCGACUGACAGAGCAAGCCAGCAUAGCAAUGCUGGAGGAUGUGCGCAUGUUCUUUGAGUCGGUGUGGGAGCUGAUCUGUGCGAAGCAUAAUGAGGGGCUGUAUAACUCGAUCUGCCUGGUGGUUCUGCUGCUUCUGCCCAUCCUGCUCUUGAUUCUCAUUGUGUGUCUCUGCUGCUAUGGCUGCUGUUGUGGGCGGGACACUUGCUGCAAGUGCUGUCGGCGGCAAAAAGGCCCGACCAAGAAGAAAAACCCUGAUGACCUCUGGAUCCAAAGGCAGCCACAGCCCAUCAUGAUGGACAAUCUCUCAGUGCCAGUGUAACACUCUAUGUUGUCGCUCAGCUCCUCCCCUCAAAUCAAAGUAGGAGUUCAGAGCAACGUAGAGUAGGCACCGCUGCAUCAUCUGGAGACCUGGCAGCUGACAGCACGGACACUUUUCCGAAUAUUGACCUCUGCUGUGCUGAUUGCUGAAGGAUGAAGUUGCUUAUUGAGUUUGCCAUCUUCCAGCCUGAGCUGCUGGUUAUUGUCUGACUGUUGGCGCGAGUGGGUCACUUCGCACUAGCAUCCAAGCUCCCACCCAUCACCACAACUGCACUGGAUCCCAAAACACUGCCAUUCUGCUGUCCCUAUCUCAGCCCAGCCCUUCUCUUCGUGUCUAUCUACUGUGGUUAGUCCUCUGCUAUCAAUUUAAAGAUAGAUGGUUUUGUGUCAGUGUACACUGUCUGCUUGCAGUUACACCAGAAUGUCAGUCAUACUCUGACUGCAGUUUGUACAAUUACAUAUGAUGUCUGCUGUCAUGUUAUAUGUACUGGUCACAGUAUAUGUAUGGAAAUGUGACUCAGUGUGUCUGUAAUGUACAGCACAGUGAUCAAGCAUACAACCUAGUCAGUAUAUACAACUCAUCCAUACUGGCCACCUUUACUGGAGUGUGCAGUGUGGCUGGAUUGUGUAUAAUACAAUUGCUGUAAAGUAUGAGGUAUGUCACAGUGCCAGUGCUGAAGGCAGGGGAGGCACAGUUUCCACGGUGUUUUUAAAUGCACCGCUUCUUUCUGAGGAAUGUGCCUGAGCUCCAAAUUGUCAGCUUACAAAGACAAUCCAUGUUCUUCCAGAACCAGGCAGCUUCUCAAAUCGACCAUUCACUGGGCUUGUGACUGUUCACUUGAAUAUUGCACUGAUGCACAGUAAAGUUACUGACAAACUAGAAAGCUCUCCGAUUUUGUGCUUUUCAGCUUUAGACCUGUCACACUGUUUGAUAUUUUAGAAGUUCUUGAUUUGGAUGCCUAGAUCCAGUGAAGUUCAAAUGGAAUUUGAAUAAUUGAAUUAUUUUGGAAUGGCUGUGUGAAUAAUCUAUCAGUCACAUCCAAUAGUAACCAAAUAAUGUGUGUUGCAUCUGUCACUGUACAGUGUCAAGCCAACACAUCAGGCAUCUGCUUCUACUUCUACAUCCUAUCGCCUUAUUAUGCUGUUACACAUAGUCUGUAAUGUGCAAUCUGAGUUGGUGCACGUUGGACUGUAAUGUGCACUCCUAGCUAGUAUACACUGGUCUGUAACAUACACUCCAAGUUUAUACAUGCCGGUUAGAAACAUGCACUCUGACCUGGUAUACGCAGGUCUGUAAUGGGCACUCUGAGCUGGUAUAUACCCAUCUGUAGUGGGCACUGACCUGGUACACACUGGCCUGUAAUGGGCACUCUGAGCUGGUACACACUGGUCUGUAAUGGGCACUCUGAGCUGGUACAUGCCAGUCUGUAAUGGGCAUACCAAGCUGGUACAUGUUGUUCUGCAAUGGGCACUUUUAGCUGGUACGUGUCGGUCUGUAACAGGCAUGCUGAGCUGGUACGUGUCGGUCUGUAACUGGCACGCUGAGCUGGUACGUGUCGGUCUUUAACAUGCACCUGGUAGUGGUGCACCGUUCAGGUGAGAUCCAGUUGAUGUGGAUUCAUUCCCUGAUUCAUGUGCUCCAACGUGUGUCUGCAGUUGGCACUCUGCAUGUAUUGAUAUUGAGGCAAUGUAUUCUGUGUUUAGAUGUUAUAUAUAAGAUAUCUUCUAUUUUCUUCAGAUUGAUACUGAAUAUUAUGACAAAGUAAAUAUUUUGACAAAGUGAAUAUUUUGAAGGAUAGGAUUAACUGUUACAUUAAUGGAGUUGUAACUCACCUUUGUAAAAAGCCCAUUUCUACAAAAAUAUUAUUGAAUAAAUUGCAUAUGGAUCAAUUGAAUACAGGAGAAAUCUGUAUCUUCUAAA